AUGGACAUUGAGGCUUGGAUGAUAAGGAAGUUAUUUCGUAUGAAUGAGGGAUCCCAAGACCAGGAUUGUACUUCACAAGGCGCAAGUUUCAGGGAAAAGAAUGACAUCAUAUUUACAUAUCGAAGAGUUUCAAGUAGAUCCAGUGCUACAGUAAUGUUAGAGGAACGACCAAACACAGUUCACGAGGUUAAGAUGGCUGUCGCCAAAUCCCUUGGGGAAUGCACCGACAACAUAGACGUCAUCGACAAAGCAACGAUAUUGGAAACCGAACUCUCUGAUUCAGUAACCGAUGAUAUCGUGGAAGUAAUGAUCCACAGGGAGUCCCGACGUGUUCCGAAGGAGAAGAGAACGCGCAAGGAAGAUAUGUUCGAAGGUGACAUGGCGGACGGGGACCGUAUCGAAAUGUCUUGUGGCCAUGCAGCAACCCCGGAGAACAUCUACAGAUACUGCUUGACCAAACUCAACAGUAACGAUCUUGGGUUUAAAUGUAUGGAAUGCAGUACCAUAUGGGACUUUGCAGAAAUCGCUUGUAAAGCUGAUAUGUCCGAAGAUGAAUCUGUGUUUUUCACCAGGAAAAUGUCCGACGUCUUCAUCGCCGAAUCUAAUGAUAUUCGUGAAUGUCCACAGUGUAGAAGCUUUUGUACGAGAAUCGAUACCAAUAACAAGUAUGUGGCGUGUCAGGUAUGUAAGGAAAAUGGCAGGACAUCGUACAGCUUUUGUUGGGAGUGUUAUAGACCUGGGGUGCAUCCUCAUAAUUGUCAACACAAGCAUACCCAGGACGUGUUAGAUAACUGUCAACGGGUAACAAUGCAAUAUAGCGAUAUACGGGGUGUACCCCAAGUUCGAGCCUGUCCGAAAUGUGAACUAUUUAUAGAACACGAGAGUGGAUGUAAGACCAUGACGUGUACAAAAUGUCAUCAUGUUUUCUGCUUCAGCUGUCUGAAGUCUGCAGUUAACGGACACCUUAUUUGUGGACAGUAUGAUUCCAUCUGCACAGUAGCACCUGUUCAGAAAAUUGGCGCAAAAAGAAACAAAUAA